GCUGCGCUCCCCGUGGGGCAUGUGCGGGCUUGUGCGUCCAGAAGGACAUGGAGCCAGAAGCCGAGCCCGAGGGGCGGUCCUAAGCCCGCGGACCGAGGCCCGGCCGCUUCCGACGCCAGGGGCCUCCUCCUCCGCGCAGACUGGGGAUUUAAACCGGACCUCUGCCAGCUGUGCUCACUUUGGCACCGGCGCACACGCGGCGCUCGAUCUCUAGCGAGCCAGGCAGAUGUGCAAUACCAGUAUGUCUGUGUCUACGGAUGGUGCUGUGAGCACCUCCCAGAUUCCGGCUUCUGAACAAGAGACCCUGGUUGGUAUUUUGUCUCAAAGGGUUAGACCAAAGCCAUUGCUUUUGAAGUUGUUAAAAUCUGUUGGUGCACAAAAAGACACUUAUACUAUGAAAGAGGUUAUAUUUUAUCUUGGCCAGUAUAUUAUGAAGAAGCGAUUAUAUGAUGAGAAGCAACAGCAUAUUGUAUAUUGUUCAAAUGACCUUCUAGGGGAUUUGUUUGGAGUGCCAAGUUUCUCUGUGAAAGAACACAGGAAAAUAUACACAAUGAUCUACAAAAACUUGGUAAUAGUCAAUCAGGCGGAACCAUCAGAUUCAGGCACAUCUGUGAGUGAAAACAGAUGUCACCUUGAAGGUGGGAGUGAUCAAAAGGACUCUGUACAAGAGCAGGAAGAGAAACCUUCAUCUUCAGAUUUGGUUUCUAGACCAUCUACCUCAUCUAGAAGGAGAACAAUUAGUGAGACAGAAGAAAACUCAGAUGAAUUACCUGGUGAACGUCAAAGAAAGCGCCACAGAUCUGAUAGUAUUUCCUUUUCCUUUGAUGAAAGCCUUGCUCUGUGUGUAAUAAGGGAGAUACGCUGUGAAAGAAGCAGUAGUAGUAGUGAAUCAACAGGAACUUCAUCAAAUCCGGAUCUUGAUGCUGGUGUAAGUGAACAAUCAGGUGAUUGGUUGGAUCAAGAUUCAGUUUCAGAUCGAUUCAGUGUAGAAUUUGAAGUUGAGUCUUUCAAUUCAGAAGAUUAUAACCUCAGUGAAGAAGGACAAGAACUCUCAGAUGAAGAUGAUGAGGUAUAUCAAGUUACUGUGUAUCAUGCAGGGGAGAGUGAUACAGACUCAUUUGAAGAUGAUCCUGAAAUUUCCUUAGCUGAUUAUUGGAAGUGUACUUCGUGCAAUGAAAUGAAUCCUCCCCUGCCAUCACAUUGCAACAGAUGUUGGGCCCUUCGUGAGAAUUGGCUUCCUGAAGACAAAGGGAAAGAAAAAGGAAGCAUGCCUGAGAAAACCAAACUAGAAAACCCAACACAAGUAGAAGAGGGCUUUGAUGUCCCUGAUUGUAAAAAAAGUACAGUGAGUGAUUCCCAAGAAUCAUGUGUUGAGGAAAAUGAUGAAAAGAUCACACAAGCCUCCCUAUCCCAAGAAAGUGAGGACUAUUCUCAGCCAUCGACUUCUGGUAGCAUCAUUUAUAGCAGCCAAGAAGAUGUCAGAGAGUAUGAGAGGGAAGAAACACAAGACAAAGAAUGUGUGGAUUCUAAUUUUCCCAAUAAUGCCAUCGAACCUUGUGUGAUUUGCCAAGGCCGACCUAAAAAUGGUUGCAUCGUCCAUGGCAAAACAGGACAUCUUAUGGCAUGCUUUACAUGUGCAAAAAAGCUAAAAAAAAGAAAUAAGCCCUGUCCAGUGUGUAGACAACCAAUUCAAAUGAUUGUGCUAACUUAUUUCUCCUAGUCGACCUACCUAUAAAUUUUUUUAAACAAAA